AUGUUUAAUCUAUUUUUAAUUCCUUUAAUAAUUUUUAUUUUAAAUCCUUCGUUUGUCUUAUCCCAAGAACCAAUAGCGUUAAGAAAAGAAUUACCAGAAGAACGUUUAACUGUGCCAGGAAUAAUUAAAUAUUAUGGAUAUACUUGUGAAAUACACAAAGUUAUAACAGAAGAUGGAUAUAUUUUGGAAAUGCAUAGAAUCCCUUUUGGCCGGAAUUUUAAUGAAACAGAACAGAAAAAGCCUAAAAAAGUAGUUUUUGCCCAGCACGGAUUGUUGUCCUCCAGUUUUGAUUGGGUAUCCAAUUUGCCCCACCAAUCGCUAGCAUUUUUGUUGGCAGAUGCCGGAUUCGAUGUUUGGAUGGGAAAUAUGAGAGGGAAUCUUUACUCGAAAGAUCACGAAAAACUUUCACGACUAGACGAUAAAUACUGGGAUUUUACUUGGGACAAGAUGUCCUCCAUAGAUUUGCCGGCAAUGAUAAAUAAAGCUUUGGAAGUUAGCGGACAGUCAAAAUUAUAUUAUGUUGGACACAGUCAAGGAACUUUAAUUAUGUUUGCACAAUUGUCUAAUAACAAUCGAGAAUUUGUUGAUAAAAUUAGCAGAUUUUAUGCCUUAGCACCUGUUGCCACAAUAAAGUACAUUAAAGGAUUAAUUGAUAUAUCAGGAAAAUUGUUUGGUAUUCAACUGGAAAUUCUGAAUAGACAUUUUGGUUCAAAUGAAUUUCUUCCAAGUAAUUUUGUAACACAGCAAAUUGCCCGAACCCUUUGCGGUGCAAAUUGGCAAAAACCAAAUUGUAAAAAUAUUAUGUUUUUAAUUGGUGGAACUGAUAGUAAACAGAUGAAUCAGGUAUUGAUAUUUGGAGAAAUAUAUACCUAA